GUAUCGAAUGCAGAUGCUGGUCAUAAAAGCGAAGAAGGAGAAGCGGAAACAGACUUGGAUGGUGAUGAGUCAGACAAGGACGAGACACGCUCUGCGACUUGUAAAGCGGCCAAAAGUCCGUCUCCUGGCGUAGCGUCAGAAAAGCCGAACGGUUGGCGUCACAGGAGGUCUUCAAAUGGGUCUGUUCACUCUCCUGGCGACCGUUAUAACAGUCCAACUCCAGCUGCUGUUGAUGACGAGAGUGCGGAGCAUAGCGUCAAUGAUCAAUCGCAUACAGCCGCUACCCAAGAUGACAAAUCUGGCGUUGCUAAAGAUGGUAAUGAAAAUUCAGCGCAAUCCGAUGGUCGUUCCGAUUUAUCCUCGCCAAAAGAUGAUGAGGAUGAUGUCCCAACACCCACAACCGCAGAAGCUCCUGAUGGUGUUGUGCCUACGGAAGGUGGUUUGAGCCCUUCUGUAUCAUCUGUUCUUCUGGGUACCACAUCCGACACCAAAGUUGCAACUGGUCCUGGUUUAUUGGAUGAUGGGGCUUCUGCUCAAAAUGAUGGUAACUGUGUGGAAGAAGGCGGUAGUGAAGAGGAGGCUCUGUUAGUAUAUCCGAUGGAAGAUCUUAUGCCACAUCGUUGCGGCAUACUGCACGCUCGAGGCGAUCGCGGACUGAAUCCAACGCUACCCAGCGGUCGUGCCCCCACACUGGUGUUCAGCCAAAGGGAAAUUGAUGAUCAUUUGCGCAAUUUCGAAAUGAAGUUGCGCUCACUAAUCGAUGUUCCACCACAACUGACCGAAGACGUUAUGGUCAAACUCGGUAUGCGUGAUCCGGAGAAAGUAGCUGAAGAUUUCAUUGAGGCAAAUAUUCAAAAGCGGACGGGAAAAAAGAAACCAUUCAAAGUUGUUUGGGUUUGUCCUUUGUCCGAUAAAAAGUUCCGAGAGCCGAUCUUCGUACGGAAACAUAUUUUCAAUAAACAUAUGGACAAAGUAGAGGCCGCGAAGAAAGACAAUGCAGUUUUUUUCAACAACUAUUUACGGGACCCCCGACGUCCGUCCUUACCGGAAGCUCCCUAUCAUAUUGCACAACAAUAUUACAAUUCAUCCAGCUCUACCGGAGGUAACUACCGUGGACCCCGCGGAGCGGGUCGCAUGGCGGGUAGCGGACCUGGUGUUGGGAGCAACUAUAGAAGCAACUACCGAGGUGUCAAUUCUGCUAAUGCGGCUUCACUGCUAUCAGCCGCUGGUUCCGUAUAUUCGCGUGGAGCUGGAUCUUUUCAGGACUACUACGAUAUAGCGGCCCAGCAGCAGCAACAACAACAAGCUAUGGCAGCGGUCGCUGCUGCAGCAGCGGCGGCUUUAUGCCCGAAUGCCAACCCAGCUGAUUUGUACGCGUUGGCUGCCGCCAGCGCGGGGAACUCGCGAGGUCCUGCCCCCGGAAGACGAGGCCAGCGUGGUAAUUCGCCAGGCCAUGCCGAGUACAGUGGGCGGUCAUUUUACUCCGGGGAUGGUCGACGGAGACAGCCUUCAAACUACGGCGGGAGUCGGUACGCGCAUUCCAACUAUUUGUAA